AUGGUGACAGAGAUCAUCCUUGUGGGAAUCCCCACUACUCCAACCUUGAGUGGCCUACUCUUUCUACUAUUUUUAUUGGCCUAUUUGGUGACUAUUUUAGGCAAUUUCCUUAUCAUCACUCUGAUCUGGGUGGACUAUAGACUCCAUUCACCUAUGUAUUUCUUCCUCAGCCACCUUUCCUUCAGCGAAACCUUAACCAUAACCUGUGCCGUUCCUAAGAUGCUGGUUGAUUUUCUAUCUGAGAAAAAAACCAUCUCUUUUGCUGGAUGCUUCUCACAAUCUUAUUUCUACUUCCUUUCUGCAUGUACUGAGUUUAUCCUCUUUGCUGUCAUGUCUUAUGAUCGUUAUAUUGCCAUCUGUAGUCCCCUUCAAUAUCCCACUAUCAUGACCCAUCCACUCUGUGUUCGACUUGUCAUCCUAUCCUGGUUAAGUGGUUUUCUGCUCAUCCUCCCAUCUACUAUCCUUAAGGGAGAACUGCCAUAUUGUGGGCCCAAUGUGAUUGACCAUUUCUUCUGUGAUAGUGCUCCCCUAUUGCACCUUGCAUGUGCUGACAUCAAAGCUAUUGAACUGUUGGACUUUUUCAGUUCCUUUGUACUACUUAUUAGCUCACUAACAUUAACAGUGGUCUCCUAUGUCCACAUUAUUUCCACAAUUCUGAAAAUCCCCUCAGUUCAAGGUCAACGCAAAGCAUUUGCCACUUGUGCCUCACACUUCACUGUGGUAUCAAUGGGCUAUGGGAUCUCCAUCUUUGUCUAUGUCCGUCCCUCACAGAAGAGUAACCUUCACUUUAAUAAGAUCCUCUUUGUCCUCUCAAGCAUUGUCACACCCCUGCUGAACCCUUUCAUCUUCAGUCUAAGGAAUGAAACAAUGAAAGAGGCAUUGAAGGAUACCACAAGCAAGAUCCAGAUCUUCCUAAAGGGCCUAAAGUUCAAUUGA